AUGGCAAGGACUGUGACCGAUCCAGCGCUACAGGCCUUCCUUAAGCCUCUGAAGAAUGAUAUCGAAAAGCUGUACAGCUUGUCCUCACGUCUCUCACUCACCUAUCGCGAGCUAGCCGCAAGUUCCUCGGAGCUCUUCUCGCCGACAGCGACGACACGCCUGCCCACUGGCCGAGAGAAAGGUCGUUAUCUGGCUGUGUAUCUGGGUCUGCAUUACCUGCGGGUCGCCUUUAUCGAGCUACUCGGGGAAGAGCAAGUGGGAAAGCACUCACAUGUCCGCCGCACACUCGAGAAGGCCUGGCCUAUUGAAGACCGCCUGCGCCGAGACCAAGCCACGUCGCUCUUUGCGUGGAUUGGUGAUUGUAUCGCCGAAGUGAUUCACGAUGAUCUGGCGAAUUCCAAGGUCGAUGCGCCGUCCGAGGUGGCUAUGGGUAUCUCCUUCUGUUUUCCCAUUAAACAAAAAUUCCACAAUGAAGCAAUUCUCCUACCAACCGGGAAGGGCUUUGCGCUCGGCGCCUCUCUUAAUCUACAGCAGGCCCUGUUAGAUGGCUACGAGUGCCACACACGGCGCUCGGACGAGGACCCUGCUGAGAUGCCUGCCAAACGACAGAAGAAAUACUGUCUACCCAAAUUGAAAAUCACAGUCAUGACUAACGAUACUAUUGCGACUCUUGCAUCGCUGGCAUAUUCCAUCCGCGCUUUGCCGAACACGCGGGUGGUCAUGGGCCUGAUUUGCGGUGCAGGCUGCAACUCUGCCGUGCCCAUGAAGCUGGCGGACCUACAAGAAGAAAAGACCCGACAUAUCCGAGAAAAGGCCCCCGAGGCGGUCAACACAGUAGUCUCAACGGAAUGGACUCUUCGGGGUGCAACGGCGCCAUUGGAAGAACUUGGGAUCGUGACUGACUGGGAUAAAGAACUAGACGUUCAUUCUGAUCGCCCGGGAUUCCAGCCAUUAGAGUACCUUAUUGGAGGGCGGUACAUGGGCGAGCUUGUGCGGAUAAUUUGCUACGAAUGGUUUCAUAAAACUAAAGCGGUACCGCGGGAGUCGUUGCCAAUACAGCUGGUCGAGAGGUUUAAGCUAACGACUGACUUCCUCUCCCUCGUCGUAGCAACAAGCUAUUCCGACGACAAACUGGCGAGGAAGCUAUCGGAACGAAUCCCACCUCCGGAAUCGAGCGAUUGGGCAUGGACACCCGAGUAUGCAGGUCAUAUUCGUUCAGUAGCCGCCGCAGUGCAGGACCGUUCUGCUGCCCUGGUAGCAGCGGCGACACUUGGACUUCUUGCCUGCACGCGGGAAAUUCGACUGCAGAAUACGGAACUGCUAGACCCACCGACAAAAGCCGGAUCGGAUGAAGAGGAAGAGUCGUCUGUCACGGCCACUAAGCUCCCUGAGAACGGCACCUCGAUACCGGGUUGGAAGAACGGUCCCGAAGAAUUGGUCGUGGCCGUCUCUGGGGGUGUGAUUCGACAUUAUCCACACUACAAAGAGACAAUACAACGAUAUAUCGACCGCCUUUUGAUCAGCGCUGGGCCUCAGAGUGGAGGGAAAAGCAUCUUCCUCAGGGAAGCCAAUGAUGGCGGCAUCAUUGGUGUAGGAGUUCUAGCCGGAACGGUGGCCGGGGAGAUCAACGGCAUCAUCAGCUCACCCCAAGACGAAGCGGCUAGCCAAAUGGGUGCACCUGAUAUCCCAUAUUUUGCUACGAAGAUGUGA